AUGAUGACACCAGACGAGUAUUCACGCCGAUUCCUCGAGCAGCAGGCGUUACAACCGGCGGAAAGGAAUGCCACGAGAGGGCUCUGUGGGCGAUUUUUAAAGGGAAUCAAAACGGAACAUUUCCAAGUCCUUUCAGACGAACCAGGAAAACUGCUCAGUUGGGUGUGCUCUGGCGAAAUGCUGGGAGGUCUUUUGGGAUUAUCUCCUGUUGCGGCCAUGUACAGCAUUGGGUUUCGGUUGGAUUGGGUGCAGUGUCGACUGGAGGAUGGAACCCAGUUUAAGCUGGUCGUAUUCCCUGCCGCCGAUGCCCGAGGAGUCGUGGUCACAUGGGAAGCUUUAUGGACACUGAUCGCUCAAUCAUAUGGCAAGGAAAUAGACGAAGCAGUGACACCGUUCAAGCAACAACUCGAAGAUCUCGACACCACCAGUGGCUACGCGAGCGUCUUGGAGUCUGGUGACACUAUUACUCAGAUCUCCAAUCUCUCGGUUGCGGAAAAACACAAGCACCCAGGGUUUUUGAGUGCCACCAAGUUCCUAGACAUUCCAAAAGACGAGAGAACGCUCUACCAUGCAAGGGGGUUUCUGGAUCACGCAGUAGGAUGCAACCAUAGAUUCACCGGAACUGGAAAAAGUCCCGACGGGGAUGUUGAAAUGAUGACGUUCAACAAAUCAAUUUCUGAUAUUCCCGGUGCUAACAUGAUACCUCUUCAAGUCACCAAGUCCGACUUGGCUAGUUUCAGGGCCUCGUUGAAGGAGAAGUCAAAAGAAUCUGGAGGAAGUACGUGA